UACCAUGCUUUUUCAAUGAUGGGCAUGUGUUCUUAGUCUUGACUAUCGUGCAGCAGAAAGCAGAAUUUAAGGUUAGUUUAAACUUAUAAGGAAUUGGCCGAAGAAAAGUAAGAAACAAUAAUACAAAUAACUCACAAAAACGCCAAUUAUGGAUGGCUCUGGAAAUAAUCGUUAUGAACUUUUGUUCAUGGACGAUGAUAUUAGUGAUCCAUUAGAUAAUGUUGCGAGCAAGUCGAAAAAACAGGUUAAGACUGCUGGUGGCAGUGGGGGUAGCGCACCCUCCGCAAAGACUUCGAAUAAACAAAAUGUCGACGGUGCUACAAGGGCACAAUCGAACAAGAAACCCAACCAAGCCGAGAAAGAGAAUAAGCCAUCGGCCCUGAACAAAAAUGAAUUGAAUAAGAAAUCGGUGGCUGGUACUGCCGUAGAUAGAGCUAACAAGCAAGGUGGGUCUGUUGCCAAUGCAAAUCGCAAACGCACUGGUCCCGCUAGUGAUGGCGGUCAAGGUGGACAACAGCAACAGGGCACAAGGAACUUAAAUUUUAGACAACAAAACGGUGAAACUCGUGAACAACGCAAUAAUCGACGCAAUGCUAGAGAAAAUGGAUUUGCUGGUAAUUUUGGUGCGCAAAUUGAAGGUGGAUCAUCGCAACAGCAACCACGUCAAUUUCGGGACCGAGAAAAUCGCGGGCCACCCCGUAAUCGCAAUUUCGAAGGUGGUAAUCGAGGCGGCAAACGUGAAUUCGACCGCCAAUCGGGUUCUGAUAAAACUGGUGUGAAAGCGAUUGAUAAACGAGAUGGCGCCGGGGCACAUAACUGGGGAUCAGUUAAGGAGGCUAUCGAUGAUGUUAAUAAAAGCGAUGUUGAAGCAGGCAAUGUCACUGAUAAGGCUGAAGAAUCUGGUAAUGAACAGGUUGAUCAGACGCCGGUGGAAGAAGAAACCAAAGAAUUAACGCUGGAUGAAUGGAAAGCGCAAAAACAACAAAGAGUCAAGCCAACAUUCAAUAUCCGUAAAGCAGGAGAAGGUGAAGACACUACUCAAUGGAAGAAAAUGAUAGUUUUAAACAACAAUAAGAAAAAGGACAAUGAAAGCGAAGAGGAACUUGAGUACGAUCCUGCCAUGUACCCACAAAGAGUUGGACGCCAACAACGCGUACUUGAUAUACAAUUCAAUUUCAAUGACGGACGCCGCGGUGCCGGUUUCGGUGGCCGUGGACGUGUACGUGGUCCUCGUCCAGGAGGUGCCGUUCCCAACACAAACACCAACUAUAAUAAUAGCGUUACUGAACGGCCAGUAGUCGGUGGACGCGGCGUUAAUACAGGCGGCCGAGGCGGAAAACGCAAUUUCGGUUAUAAACAAAAUGUUGCACCAAAAGUCAACGACGAACGUCAAUUCCCUACAUUGGCUUAAAAUUUCUGCACAUUUGAACCAGACGCAAUAUCAAAAACAAAAAAGAACGUUUUUAAACAAAUGGAAAUACAGAAGCAAAUAAUAAGAGGAAUCGAGAAUUAAGAUAAGUUUGAAGCUUCACUAAAUUUAAAGACCAUAUGGUAAAGAAAAGUAACAGAUACUGCUGAAAAAUAUUAAAAUCCAAUUUAAUGAAUUAUCACAAGAUAUACUACUUCUGUUUUCAAUACCAUUAUAUUGAAUUGAUGCAUUAAAAUAUAUAUUAUCCUAUAACAGUAAAAUACAGAUUAAAAACCGCCCAAUUACAGCGUCAAAGCGUGAGAACAAGGAAAAUAAGAAGCAAUUGAUUUCAAGUCAAAGCGUUUAACCAAUAACUUCAAGAGCCACACUAGCAUAUCCAAUGCAACAGCACUUGUCGUAUAUAUAAAGUCUAGUAGGUUCCACUGCUAAAGUAAGGUGUAUAUUUUUGUUGUUUGAUUAAAUUUAAAAUUUUGUUUAUUACAAAAUGAUAUCGAAAGUGAGAGUUCAGUCACUUUCCAUUAUUUUCAAAACUACUUCGAGUUUUACAAAAUUUUAGCACUUAAAAUUUAAAUAAUAUGAUUAAACUAACAAUACAAGGACUCCGUUAAGCAGUUCGUAUUAAACGGUUAGAAAAAAGAUACAAAAAUUAUUUGAUGUCAUCACAUGAAUGAGAUCCAUGAAGUGAAGCAAAUAAAACCAUCAUCAUCAUCACCCUCAUGCAAAGCAAUUAUCAUUUUAUUAUAACUUUCUUAAUUGUAUUAACAAAAUAAUUUAAAGGCAAAUAAAAGUUCACACUACUAUUAAAGAAAAACAAGCCAAAUUAAUUAACAAAAAGGGUAGAGGUAUGUCAUGUUGAACAAUGUGUAAUUGCGUUUCUGUGCAACCAAAAAGUUGAAAAACUACAACACAAACAAAAUACCAUUAUUUCUAUAUAGCAGGAGCAUAGUACACAAUUUUAGAUUUGAAACACACCGGUUUUAAUUGUAUUUACUCUGUAACUAAAAAAAGAAAAAUCACCCAAGUGAAAACUACUUACGAUUAGAACUCGUAUGAAAAUACAUAUUAUGAGAAAAUUUUUGAAAUGUAUUUUGACCCAUGAAAGUUCAAGAACUCGUUUAAAUAAAAACUUAUUUGAUAAAAUUAAA